ACCCGACAGUCUCAGUAAGACAGGACUGUUGAGCGUGUCGUGUCGUUCUUCAUAAGGUGAGCCGCUCCAAUGUUUUCCCUUUCGAAUAAUACGCUGAAAUCUUUAUUUUCCUGGAGUGAAUAUGUACAAUUGAUCAAGCGGAGAAUUGCUGAUUUAUUUUUAGACAACUCGAUUCGAUUAAAAGUGUCGACCAAAAUUGAAUUCUUGGCAAAAUUUAAAAAAUAAUAAUUCGAGUGUCACUUAUUAUAUUUCACGUUUUGUGAUUUGUCCCCGUUCUCCACCCACUUUAUCUCUUGCGCGAGAAUCAAUUUAAAAAUAUCCGCCGUUGCUGGGAUUGGACUUUUUUUAUAUGUGACGCGGGAGUGCGCGCUUCAAUAUUACCCGCAGCUAAAUAGUCAACGAGUUUUAAAUUAAACCUGCGCUGUGGUCUCUGCUGUGAACGAGUCGUUGAAUUAUUCAUUUCCUUAUACUCUCGCUGCACAAUAUCCUUUUUGGGGGACGUCUGGUUGAUGAAAAGAAAAUGAAUUUGCCAUCAGUGACCAAUCAACUUUCUUGUGAAAUGCCUUCAUUCAUUUCCCAGGUCCAACCACCACCACCAACUGAUGCCUUGAAGAUUGGCGACAGGAGCUGCAGUAGACAUGGCCGAUUAUCAGGAGCUGACGGACGAGGAUCCGUUUGACGACCCGCACAAUCUGACGGCCUGGAUUAUGCAACACAUGGAGCGGAGCGAAGGCGGCGUGCUGGCCGGCCAGCUCAAUCACACGACAAUCAGAAUUCUGGUGCACAAUUUGACUAAUUUGUUGCUGAAACAUCCGGCCGGCGCCGGCGGAUUGCUCAAUCUCAACAUCAAUCCGGACGACGAGCACUACUGGUCCAGGGUCAUGGAAAACAGGCGGGUGGGUUACGCUGCUUCGUGCGCCCUCAUCACGCUCUACUCGGUUCUCAUUAUGGCCGGCUCGCUGGGCAAUUGCCUGGUCAUUUGGGCCGUCAUCCGUCAGCCAACUAUGCGGACGCUGCGCAACACGUUCAUCACCAACUUGGCCGUCUCCGAUCUGCUCCUGUGUCUAGUGACGAUGCCGCUGACCCUAUUGGAGAUCAUCACCAAGUACUGGCCGCUGGGCGACUCGGUUCUCAGCUGCAAGCUGGCCGGUGGACUCCAGGCCGUCUCCAUCUUCGUCUCGACCAUGUCCAUCACGGCCAUUUCGCUGGAUCGCUACCAGUUGAUCGUCUACCCGACCACCGACUAUCUCAAGCGGAUAGGAGCCGCCGCUGGGCUCCUAUCCAUCUGGGCCCUGAGCUUCCUCCUGGCGGCGCCCAUGUUUCUCUUCCGCUCGCUGGACCAUCACGCUUUGUGGCCGUCGCACUACGGCAUUGGCGUCGAGUCGGUCGACUAUUGCUACGAGAACUGGCCCGUGGCCCACGGACGGGCGUUGUACUCGGCGGCCACGAUCGUCGUCCAAUACGCCGCCCCCAUUCUCAUCGUCUCCGUCGUCCACGCCAAAAUCUGCCGCCGGCUGCGCUUGCGCCAGUCGCUCAUGAUGUCCAUGGGCAAAGAUUCACGCAAACAGGCCUCGGAGAAACAGCGGCUGAGGCGUCUCAACUCGUUGCUGGUGACGAUCGCUUUCAUCUUCGCCGUUUGCUGGAUGCCACUCAACGUCUACAACCUGGUGCUCGACCUGUACAACCCCUUUCAAAAGCCCGAAGAUCAAGAGACGAUGCUCAUCAUCUACGCCGUUUGUCAUAUGCUGGGCAUGUCGUCGGCCUGCGCCAACCCGUGGCUCUACGGCUGGUACAACGACAAUUUCCGCAACGAGUUCCGCGACAUUGUCGGACCGUUUCUCCGAUGCUUCGGGCGUCAUUGUCCGGCCCUGGCCACUUCAAUCUCCGUUUCCAGGACGUCGUCUAGACAAAGGGCAGCCCAGCAGCGACCCGACGGCAGCAACACCCUCAUGAACGGCGGCGGAGGUGGCGGAUGCGGCGGAGCGGGCGGAGGCGCCCCGAUGCUCAACGGAGAAGACGAACAUUCGCAGCUGAGGGCCUGUUGCACCGAGGAGGACGACGAUGACAAUUUGCCUCACCUCAUCACCUGCAACAUGCCCAUGAUGCAGAUGAACCAAAUGACCUGCGAGGUCGAGAUGACCUACUCCUCCUGCGUCCAAUCCACCAUCCAAUCCAGUGACAUGCUCUAGUCUAUGCUGUUGUGUGUUGGGUGGCUGAUGCUGGGCGACCGGCUGAGCUUUUUGGAUAUCCGCCAUCACCUUUUGUUGGUUUCCCCGUCGCCAUGACAACUGUCUAUAGGUGCAGCACAACCGCAGCACGGAAUGAAAUCGACCAGUUCCGUGUACAAACGCCAGCAGCUCUUUUCUCUGAUGUCCGUGUCGUUCUUCUCUCUGUUGUCUGUGCUGUCGUACGCGUCAUUAAUUUGUAUACACCCCCACCCACACAACAGGAGAAAACGUAUAUAACUUCUCUCUUAUACCUGUGUGUGUAUAAUAUUUCCCGUCAACUGAUCUGCUGCUGCUGUAUAUUCCCGUGGAAAUUGGGAUAUGUAUAAUGAAAAUUAUUUUGAAAUUCAGACAUUCUCCUGCCGGUAUGGUUGGGUUUCACUGUGUGGAUUACGUCAAAAACUUUUGGCGGCGCGCACCAAUUCGACAUCCGACAUUUCUACAAUCUAUUUAUUCAUGUAUACGUGCUCGGUGCCCAUAUAGAUUGAGAUGUGCAACGUGAUGCGUGAGUGUACAAAACAUUCGGGGUGUAUAAAAAGCGGAAGCAAACAAGCCAGAUUCAAUCCGCCAUUGUUUUCGUGUACAGAAAAACAAUAAAGUUGAUAUCCUUGUUGACAAUUUGACAAAACUAUAUAAACCAAGACGUCCGUAUUUUUGUGUAUAUAUAAUGACUGUGCAUACAAUACAAUUUAAAUGGAACGUGAUAUUUCGGCGAAA